UUUAAUAAAAUUUAUAUUACCCCAUUUCUUGUUUUUGCUUCAAUUGUACACUCUCUCCAUGUUAAGAACUAAACUUCAAAAUCUUCACCACAAAAUCAACACAUUCUUCUCCAUUAAUGGCUUUUCUUCAAACCUCAAAUCCCUUCUUCAAUCUCACGCCUUCAUAAUCACAACUGGCCAUACCCAGAACGUGUACAUAGCAGCAAAGCUCAUCUCUCUUUAUGCUUCGAACAAUGACCUCAUUUCUUCAAGGAAAGUGUUUGAUUUCAUCAAUUUUAAAGACCCUUUUCUUUGGAAUUCGAUUAUCAAAGCUUAUUUUUCUAACGGGAAAUACACAGAAUCGCUUGAGUUUUACUCCGGUAUGCGGUGUUUUAAUGCUCUGCCUAAUCAGUUUACGAUACCAAUGGUUGUUUCUGCUUGUGCGGAACUUGGGUUGGUUGAAAUUGGGAUGGGGGUUCAUGGGUUGGUGUUAAAAUUGAAUCUUUUUGAUGGUAAUAGUGCUGUUGGAGCUUCGUUGGUAUAUAUGUACUCGAAAUGUGGGGUUAUGGGGUAUGCGUGUGAUGUGUUUGAUGAAAUGCCUGUGAGAGAUGUUGUCUCUUGGACUGCGAUUAUAAAAGGGUGUGUAGAGAAUGGAGAGAGUGGUAAAGGGUUGGAGUAUUUUUGUUUGAUGUGUAAGAAUGGAGAAGGUGAGGUGAGGCCGAAUUUUCGCACUUUGGAAGGUGGAUUUCAAGCUUGUGGGAAUUUAGGUGCAUUGGUAGAAGGUAAGUGUUUUCAUGGGUUGGGUAUGAAAACUGGUUUUGGUUAUCAUCAAGUUGUUCAGUCUUCUGUUUUGUUAAUGUACUCGAAAUGUGGUUCGGUUGAAGAAACAUAUCGUUCGUUUUGUGAGGUCGAUGAGAAGGAUUUGUUUUCCUGGACGGUAGUAAUUGGCGUUUAUGCAAAAUAUGAGUGUAUAGGUGAAUGUGUUGAUAUGUUCUUGAGAAUGCUGGCUAGUGGGAUUACCCCGGAUGGGAUGGUAAUUAGUUGUGUGCUUUCUGGUUUAGGUAAUGUCGCGAUGAUUUUGGAAGCUAAGACUUUCCAUGGAUUCAUCUUGAGAAGAAACUACGAUGAGGAUCACAUGGUUGGUAACGCAUUACUGGCCAUGUAUUGCAAGCUUAGACUCUUGAAUUUGGCAGAAAAGAUAUUUAAUGGAGGGAAUGAACAAAACACAGAGGCUUGGAACGUGAUGACGAUUGGCUAUUGGAAGGCCGGAUUAGAAGCCAACUGCAUUGAUUUAUUCAGAGAUAUGCAAUACUUGGGAAUGGAAUCUGAUGUCAACAGCCUGAUAUCUGUGAUUUCUUCUUGCUCUCGGUUGGAAAAAUUCCGUUUAGGUGAAUCUCUGCAUUGUCAUAUUAUAAAAAACCUGAUGCUUGGAAAUGUUUCUGUUGCCAAUUCUCUAAUAGAUAUGUAUGGAAGAAGAAAGAAUCUUACUUUAUCAUGGAGAGUCUUUUGUAUGAUGACCGAUAAGGAUGUUGUUACGUGGAACACAAUGAUGACUUCCUAUAUUAGUUGUGGAAACAUUGCGGAGGCUUUUGGUCUUUUUGAUGAGAUGAGAGCAGAAAGUUACAAGCCUAAUAUUGCAACGCUGGUGAUUUUGCUCUCCGCUUCUUCUCAAGUGUCUUCCCUGGAGAAAGGAGAGAAAGUUCAUCAAUACAUCAAGGAAGUUGGGUUCGGAAAUAAUACUUUGCUUGAUACUGCAUUGACUGAUAUGUACGCAAAAUGUGGACAGCUAACAAAGUCCAGAGAAAUAUUUGAUUCAAUGGAAAAGAAAGACAUCGUUUCUUGGAACGUACUGAUAUCAGGCUAUGCUAUGUAUGGAGAAGCAAAUGAUGCUAUAGAAAUGUUCAAAAACAUGGAACAGACGGAAAUUAAGCCGAAUGAACUUACUUUUCUUGCUGUGCUCUCAGCGUGUGCUCAUGCAGGGCUGGUUGAAGAAGGAAAGUCCAUAUUUAGUCGAAUGAAAGAUUAUUCGUUGAUGCCCACACUGAAGCACUAUUCUUGUAUGGUUGAUCUUCUUGGUCGUUCUGGUAAUCUGGAUGACGCUGAAACUUUGGUUUUGUCCAUGCCAAUAGCUCGAGAUGCAGCUAUCUGGGGUUCUUUACUAAGUUCUUGUAAACUUCACAGUCAGGUUGAGAAGGGUAUAAGAAUCGCAAAACAUGCUAUUGAGUCUGAUCCGGAAAAUGAUGGGUACUACAUCUCAAUCUCAGACCUAUAUAGUUGUGUAGGAAUGUGGGAAGAGGUAGAAAUGGUGAGGAAAAUAAUGAAAGACAGGAAAGUGAGGAAAGAAGUUGGCUGGAGUACUGUAUAGUUUACGCAGCGACUUGUUGGGAGUCUAUUAGCAACUCAAGUUAUGGUAGUUCUAAUGUGAUGAAGAUUUGGCGCGAUUAAAGGUUUUACACUUGCAAGAGUCGUUCAAUUAGAGCUCCCUAAUUUGCUUCACCAGAAGAAUGAAUGAUCCUAUGGUUACAUUGAGAUGGUUUUCAGGUUAUGAAGCCCUAUCGUUUUUCUGGUCAAUGAUAGUAUUCUGGUUUUGGCCUUGCAUGAUGAACAAAAUGUAGUUUUAUUAUUCUUUGUUGAAGUUCAACCCUUUAACAAUGUAACUUACGACAACAGAAACAACAUAGUCAGCGUAAUCCCACAAGUGGGAUCUGAGGAGGACAAUGUAUGAUAUGCAUGUAGACCAAACCUUGAAAAGUGUUGAUAUAAGCAAAGGAAUUAUAUUCUCUAUUCAACAAAAGCCAUUGAUAUUCCUUAGAGAUCGUUUGAUAGCUGAUAAAGAAACAAUGUAUUAUUGAAAACCCAUUAUUACUAGUACAUUUACGAGUUGUUCGGUGUGAAGUAUAACGUGUAAUGAUUCCAUUACAAAAUCAAGAUAUUAUUAUUUAUCCCAAGAAGUUACUUUAUCAAGAUUUGAACUUUACGAGCCCUUUCCAUUGCAUCUCUCAUGGAGAAACAUCUCAUCGACGAUUCGAUUUAAAAUAUCAUACAUUAAAAUUACAAUUCUAUGCAACAAAAACCUUCCUUUCAUUAGAGAAAACCACAAAACAACAUAUUAAAUAAAUUUUAAAAAGAACUACAUUUGCCUAUUAGCAGCUUCAGUAACAAAAGGCAAAUAAGGAGUUUUUCCAAGUAUAGAAGAAACAAGCCCAUAAAUAAAACAGCCCACAACAAACACAAAAAG